AUGUACGAGGAUGCAUGGUACAGCUUUGUACCAGAGGCUACCGGGAAGCCUGCCACGAGUAACAAUGUUUCCCACGGGCACAAGCGAAACGAAUCGCUUCUGCAGCAGCCCAACGGACUGGGGAAAGACCAAAAGAUAUCGCAGUCUAUAGGAACAUCUAUAGGAAACUCAGAAGAUCUAAGCGGACCCCCGGAAGCGUCUGUACUGCGGCGCGCAGCGUCAUAUGCAGACCAUCGUUGUGCGCAGAAAGUCAACCAUCAUGGGGCCACACGAAAGAGGCAGACCGGUCGCCAGAAUAGGAAUUGGGAGGCAUUGUUUCUCAGCACGGACGCGAAGCACACCCCGAAGCUAUACACGGCCGAUCUACAAACCAACAAAAUAUUGAACGAGCAGCUCCUCGAAGCUAGUCAGCAGGAAUACCUACUAUACCGAGACCAACUAUCUCUCACGGAGCGGCAUCUCGACGGACUUAUAAACGAUGCCAAUGCUGCUCUUGAGCUCUUGGCCCAGCUAUCCCACUCCUUCCAGUCGGUCGAAGUGCAAACAUCCACGUUCCAAGCGCAGUGCGAAGAGGUUCUCACGGAGCAGAAACGGCUGGAGAAGCUUGCGAACGAGGUCGGAACCGAUUACUACUACUACUCUUACCUCGAUACUGCGACAAGACGACUCAAUGCACCAGGCGCUGGUCGACUGGUCGACGACGAAUCGUUUGGAGAAAUGGUGGAAAAUAUCGACGCCUGUAUCGCAUUUAUGGAAGACCAUGAAACAUAUCGCGAGCGCGACUCGUACCUCGCGCGAUACAAUGCGCUGCUGACCAAGUGCCUGCAUCUGCUGGACCACGGCUUCAGCACCAGGCUAGAAAAGGUCUCAUCAGACAUAGCGCGCCAAUUGUUGGCGACCAAAUCCGAGUCAACAAAACAUGCGCUUGCUUAUGGACGAUUCGAGGAAAUGCUCAGUGACUCCUACGCUCUACUCCCAAACAUUCAUAAAGUAACUCGGCGCGUAUAUGACCAAUACGGGCGUUUCGACAGCGGAGUACGCAAUUCUUCCAUUUUCUCCAGCUCAACACUCAGCAUGCUUCGCACAUAUCUCACUACUCGUGACCGUGACAUGAAAAUGAUGACGCAGCACGAUGUGGAGGAAUUCCAAAGGGAAAUCAAGGAACUGUCCUUGGAGACGGCAUCACGAAAUUUCAUCAAGCAAACGCUGGAGCGAGUGCACAACGAAAACAGCUUAUUCUUCAAGGUUUUCAACAUUGAGCCCGCAUGGAACAAUGCUCACGAUUCAGUGUUUCAAUCCAUCAAGACGGUGCAAACGGUCAUGGUCCAUCCGGGAAAUCUGCAACCGAUGGCUACACAACUCCAGACUGCGUUCCAGACUGCUGACAUUCAGUCUGUAUGCAACAUUGUCGGGUGGAUUGCCAGCGAGUAUGGCAUAUCGGAGAAUGACGAAGACGAAGACCCGAUUGCGCCGAAGCAAUAUAGAGAAUACGCCGCCCGUCUACUUGUUGAGCACCUGUGGCCCUUUGUCGACAAUUGCUUUGAGGCGGAAAUUACAAAGAGAGUUACAAAGGGCGUUGUAACAGAUGACGCACUGAAAAUUGGCCCAGUGGUGGAUGGCGUGUCUUCGUCCAAUGCAUACCCCUUGGUGCAGAAGGCGGUUGACCUUUUGCGGAUGUUUGACCGGGCUAUGCCCAAAGAGAGAUCCUCGCAAAACAGCCAGGUGGUAUUCCGCGUCGUGCGUGAGGCAAUUCAGGUGCUGCAGCAAGCUUCAUCACGCAUCCAAUCACAGAAAAUUGCGACGGACGCAGACCUUUUUAUGAUAAAAAAUCUGCUGAUUAUCAAAAAUGAGCUGCUAUCGCUGGAGAUUGGCGACAUUCGCAGCCAGCCGCCGGCCAUGCAGCACUUUGGCCAGAUCUGGGAGACACUCAGCCCGCAGAAUCUCGUUGGCUUUGUCGGCAACAUCCUGGGCGGUCAGCUGUGGUCGCGCGGCGGGCCGUCGGUAACGGCAAAGACGCUGACUGUCGAGGAUAUGAAUGAGCAGCUGGACGAGCUGCUGCGGCAGUCCAUCUACGGCUUCACCAAGCGCUGGGCGGGCCGGGUCAAGGACGCGGGGAGCGGCAAGUCCGGUUCUCAGACUCUGGCCACGGUGGAGAGUCAGCUGCAGACGAUACUGCAGAUGGCAUUCAGUAACCAGCCGGAGGUGAUUGGAAAGCUCAAGGAGGCGGUUGCGUAUUAUGAGCAGGACACGGCGGCGCGAUCUGGAAAGCGAUAG